GAUUCCUCCAACCAUAAACAAGACAUCUCAUGCUGCCGCAACCUAUGAUCAUCGACUGAUUGAUUGAGCCCUCUUCACCGUCUCGCAUCGAUCGCCACUUACGUAUGCCCUUAAUUCUCGGUAUUGUGUAGACAAAGGGAAAGCUAUAUACAGCACAACUACCACCAUCCCGACCGUCUAAAAUCUCAUCUCCAAUAUCCACUAACGCAGACAAUCGCCUCAAUCGCCUCACCAUACUCUAAGAGCAAGCCACAGGAUCGCCAACAUGCCCCUCUUUCACUCAUCCUCCCACUCCAGCUCCGACCGGAGCAGUAUUGACGACCCCAACACCACAUCCUCUCACUCUCACCGUCGCUCCCGCCGCUCCUCCGGCUCCCACUCCCACUACUCAUCGUCAUCCACUUCUCCUUCAUCCUCCCGCCACCACAACCACUCCCUUUUCGGCCAUAGCCGAAAGAACGAAGACCCAUCCAUUCUUGCCGCCAAAGAACAGGUUUCUCGCGCAGAGGCGGCUGAGCGGGAGGCUGAUAGGGCACUGAUGGCUUCGAAACGGGCAGUGCGUGAGGCCAGAGAACAUGUGAGAAGAUUGGACGAGGAAGCGAAGAUGGAAGCACGCGCUGCGAAAAUGAAGCAGGAUCAGGUGAAGUCGAUUACGAAGAGGGCGAAGCCGUUGGGAAGACAUGUGUGAGGUCACUUUCUGAUAGUCGAUACGGACCUUGUUCAACAGUGGAGGGUAUGGCAGACUGAUUAUAUGACGUUAUAAUUCUCAGCAUGUAUUUCUAUCGUAUUGUUCCUUUAUAAUCGGUUCGGGUAUCGCUUCGUGGGAUUCUUUGCAGGAUACGACUUAUGAGUUAUGAUGAAUACGUUUCUUAUGUUUGUAUUAUACUUGUGGGCUUACUUGAAUAUCAAUUUGCAUAUUAUGACGAAACAAA